UCAUGAAGCAUCAAAGAUGCUACGUAAGCCUCGGCAUCUUUUUCACCUUUUUCCUCCAAUCCAACCCUAUAAUUAUAUUCAACCCAAUCUGCAUUGAGCCGUGUGUACAACUACAAAGACAUUUUCCUGAUCUUCGGCUGUGCCUAGAAAGCUGGUAAUGUAAUUUGUUUUCCACAAGCUUGUUGGUAAUCUCCACGAGCUUGCAUUGAGUUGAUAAAGAUGGAUGUGAAAAACUCCCUACAGUUAACUAGAAGUGGUACUGGUCCUUAUGAUGAUGAUGGACAUGCCAAAAGGACUGGAAAUUUUAAGAGUGCUGUGGCUCAUAUCAUAACUGCUGUUAUUGGUUCUGGUGUUCUUUCUCUUGCAUGGAGCACUUCCCUUUUAGGAUGGAUUGGAGGGCCAGUUGCCUUGCUGUGUUGUGCAAUUGUCACAUAUAUUUCUUCAUUCCUCCUAUCUGAUUGUUACAGAACUCCUGAUCCUGUCACUGGGAAAAGAAACUACUCUUACAUGGAUGCUGUUAGAGUUUAUCUUGGUAGUAAAAGAACAUGGAUAGCUGGUUUCCUUCAAUUUUUGACUUUGUAUGGGACAAGUGUUGCUUAUGUAAUCACCACAGCAACCAGUCUUGGUGCAAUUCUGAGGUCAAAUUGUUAUCACAAGAAAGGGCAUGAGGCUCCUUGUAAUUAUGGGGGCAAUCUGUAUAUGGCACUGUUUGGACUUGUUCAGAUUGUAAUGUCAUUCAUACCGGAUCUCCAUAACAUGACAUGGGUUUCAGUUGUUGCAGCAAUUAUGUCCUUUACAUACUCAUUCAUUGGACUAGGACUUGGCAUAGCAACAGUCAUAAAAAAUGGAAGAAUUAUGGGGAGCUUGACAGGAAUACCAACUGAUAAAAUUGCUGACAAAUUUUGGUUAGUCUUCCAAGCACUUGGCGACAUUGCCUUUGCCUAUCCAUAUUCCAUUCUCCUUCUUGAGAUUCAGGACACUCUUGAGUCUCCUCCACCAGAAAAUCAAACAAUGAAAAAGGCCUCCAUGGUUGCAAUCUUCAUCACAACAUUCUUCUACCUGUGCUGCGGAUGCUUUGGAUAUGCAGCUUUUGGAAAUGACACACCAGGAAACCUCUUGACAGGGUUUGGCUUUUUUGAGCCUUUCUGGCUCAUUGACCUUGCUAAUGCUUGCAUCAUUCUUCAUUUGGUUGGAGGAUAUCAGAUUUACAGUCAACCAAUAUACAGUACUGCUGAUAGAUGGGCUUCAAGAAGAUUCCCCAACAGUGGAUUUGUGAACAAUUUCUACAAAGUGAAACUGCCUCUUCUGCCUGGUUUUCAGCUAAACCUUUUCAGGUUCUGUUUCAGAACAACCUAUGUGAUUUCAACCACUGGUUUAGCAAUCUUGUUUCCUUACUUCAACCAAGUUCUAGGAGUGUUAGGAGCCAUAAACUUCUGGCCAUUGGCUAUAUACUUCCCAGUAGAGAUGUACUUUGUACAGAAGAAAAUUGCAGCUUGGAGCAGCAAAUGGAUUGUCCUCAGAACAUUCAGCUUUGCAUGCUGUCUUGUGACUGUAAUGGGUCUGAUUGGCUCACUUGAAGGAAUCGUACGUGCCAAAAUUAGCUGAAAUAUUUAUCACAUCGUUUCUCGCAAGAGUCUGUUUAGAUAAAUAUUUUUAUAAACACUUAUAAGAAAAGAAAAUAUGAAAUAAAAUUGAAAUAAACUUUUUCAUACACUAAAAUUUAUACAUAAGUUAUUAUGUAAAAAUUUUCUCGUAUCAGCUUAUUCAAAAACUUGUUUUUAAUUUAUGAAUAAAUUACACUUAUGUUAAGGAGGAGUUUAUUUUGAUUUUUUUUCUUCUCUUACAAGUAUUUAUAGAAAAGUUUAUUUAAGCAGACUUUAGUUAAUACUUGAUAUAUAUACUUGAGCUUCUGUAAAUUGAUUGCAUAAUUUAUAAAAGUUUAAAGAUGAUGCUAGUCUUAUUGAGAGUUA